AUGGCGGGUGUUGACAAACUCUCCUCGGCGGUGCCAAAGUUGAAGGGAGAGAAUUGGGGAGUAUGGAAAGACAAGAUCCAAGCCCUCUUAGAGUUCAAUGGGCUGUUUGUGGCAAUUGAAGAGCCCGACACGGAAGAAGGGCGGAAGGCUUCCACAAAAGCAAAGGCGUUGAUCAAGUUGUCCGUUGAGGAUGCAUUUGUGAAGCUCAUUGCGGGGGAGACCACAGCAGCCGGGGCAUGGAAGAAACUGAAGCAGAACUUUGAGAAAACCAGCAAUGCGAGAGUGGUCCAGCUCACGGGGAAGCUGACCAACAUGAAGCUUGGUGAAAAGCAGAGCAUUGCUGAGUAUUUGGGGGAGUUUCGGGAGAUCAAGGUAGAUCUGGAGGCGGCAGGGCAGACCAUCUCAGAUCUGCAGCUGACGGUGCAUGCCUUGAAGGGGCUGCCUAAGGAGUAUGAGACUCUCAGAGAGAUUCUAGAGGCGGGAGACGAUGAGCUGAGCUUGGACAUGGCGCAGCCAAAACUGAUGCAGCGGGAGCAGAGGCUGCAAGGUGAGAGCACGCCUGCGCUGGCGGAGAGUGCAGAUGGGGGGCAGGCGUCGGCCUUUGUGGCCAAGCACAGGCACUAUGGGAGCUCAGGAGGGGGCAGGGGCAGCUCACGGGAGCAUGCGGGUAGCUCAGACUCGCGGGGUUGUUACGGAUGUGGCGAGAAGGGCCACAUCAAGAUGUACUGCAAGCACCGAAAUGAGGACUGCGAGAACUGCGGCAAGCGGGGACACACAAAGGCGGUGUGCAGGCAGCCGGCAGGAAAAGGCGAGCGGGCAUAUGCGGCCAGGGAGGGAGCAGACGUGCGCGGCGUGGCGUUCACAGCGUGGCAAGGCAGCGCUGGAGCACAGACGGGGGUCUGGCUGGUAGAUUCUGGCAGCACGCAGCACAUCACAGGUGAUCGGGGCAAGUUCGUGAGCUACAGGAAGCUCGAACAGCCGGAGGUGAUUGAAGGGAUCGGGGGAGAGCCCUUGACAGCGGUCGGAGUUGGGGUGGUCGAGCUGCAGUGUAGGACCCCAAGCGGAGUGGGCACAGUGACGUUGUACGAGGUGAGACACGUGCCCAAGGCGAGGGCAAACUUGUUUGCUCUGAGGAGGUCGACAGACGCAGGGGCGAGGGUGACCAUUGAGGGGCGGGUCGCUCAGUUUGAGCUGGGCGGAGUUGUGUGCAUGGAGGCGGAGGAGAAGAACGGCCUAUGGGAAAUCGCAAUGGCCGGAGCAAAGCCGGAAGAGGGGGUGUGGGUGUUUGAUGAAACCCCUCGGUAUUCGAUGGACGGAGCGAAGAAGGCGCCGGCGGCGGCGCAAAAGAAGGCGCAAGCGGAAAGCGUGAAGGAGAAACGGGAGGAGCUCGUGGAGAUUGAGCUCGAGUUUGACGAGGCCGGGGUAGAGCCUCAAGCGGAGAAAGUGAAGAGCAGGGCAACGGGGGAGCCGGUAGGAGCAAAGACCCCGGCAAACAAGGAGACGGGAAAGAAGAGGGGAACCCGGGCGGCGGCAACGGAAGCCGUGGAGAUUGAGGAGAUUGACCUCCGGGGGAGCAACUCGGAGAACGAGAAGACACCGGAGAAGAACGAGAAGCGGCGCUAUCCGGAAAGAGUCCGGAAGCCGGCAACAUGGCUCGAGGCGGCCAAAGCGACAAGGAGCAACAACCACUCCGCGUAG